AUGGAAGAGGUAAUAAAUCUAAACAACAUUUUUUAUAAGUCCUAUUCGGUCGACCCCAAUACGGGUCACUCCAUCUAUGUCUUCGACUCUACUUAUUUGCCCUCUGCUGCAGAAUUAGGCGUAAAUGAUAAGAAUGAUUAUGAUGAGAUGAUUACGGAGUUGAUGGAUAUGCUGGUGAAGAAGCUACCACAGGCACCAUUCUCGUUGGUUAUAUUUUCCUCAGGGUUCUCCGCAAAGAAGAUAAGCUGGGUGUAUGGUGUCAAGAUGUACUCUAAAUUGCCAAAACUAUUCAAGAAAUACCUGCAGGAGACGUAUAUUGUGCAUGAGUCAUUCUUUGUUAGAACAGUAUAUCAAGUAUUAUCAAAUGCUAUGAAUUUCAAAUUUUUAACUAAUAAUAAAAGUGAACAAAAUGGCACAGUGGAAGAUGAGAGCAGGAAUGGUAAUGCAAUAAGACACGUUUCUACAUUAUCUGAACUAGCUUGUAUGAUAGAUAUAACUAGACUGAGAAUAUCCCUUAACGUUUAUUUACAUGAUUCAGAAGUGACUGGUGAGUACUUCUUGUCGUUACCUGAUUACUACACAGAAAAAUUAUCACCAACUAGUAAAAGGCAGUACAGACAAAUAAUAUUUGACAAGAUAUUUAACCGUCUAAAAUAUGACGCGUUAACCAAUGAAUUAGUGUUCCAACGGCCAGGUUCUUACAAGAAAGUUAAUAUUCUAUUGAGUAUUAUUGAAAGAAAUAACUAUAUUGAUCUUUCCCAAUGGGACAUCUAUUCGCUAGCAUCUAUAUUCACAAAUUUCCUCAAAAAUAAGAGCAAACCACUAAUACCCAUAGACUUGAUUGAGCUUCCAAUUCAUGACAAUUUCGAGUAUACAUUUCAGGUCUUCAAAGAGAUAGUGAGGUACAAUAACUACUAUGAUAUAUUAUGUGCUAUAUUCCCUCUCUUCAUAUCAAUUUUAAAUGCCGGCGAUAUUACUAGGCAUGAUAGCAGAUCUUUGAGUAGAGCUCUAACUCCAACAUUAUGUAAGGAAAAGGUGUCUAUGAUGAGCUCCGAUAGAUUAGCGAUAGGUAAUAAGUACAUCAGGAAUCUUUUUGAACAUUUUCAUGAUAUUAUAAAGGUAUUGGAAACCAAUGAAAAAAGAAAUGAGAAAAUAAGUAAGAGUGACAUUGCAGAACUUGCUAACUUGACCAUCAAUACCCACAUUAAUAUCAACUCCAGAAGUAGUUCAGGUUCCUCUGAUUUGCUGUUAGAUAUAAAUUCUGACAGAAGCGGAUCUGUAUCAAGUUCACCAAAAAUACCACCCAAACUUCCACCUAGAAGAAACGCUAGUAGUGAAUUGAAAUUGGCAAAGGAAGAGUCAUCGAUCCAAAGGCCUGUUAGAGCAAUCUCAUUAUCACAUACCAAUUCAGAGGAUGAAAGUAAUACGUCUCUGCCAUCGGUCAAUUCCACAUUUUCAAAGGCCUCGUCUUCAACUGAUUCCACAAAUAUUGAACAAGAAAAUAAAAAUACUGAUAUUAAUAAUGACAAUACUAAUGAUAAAGAUAGUCCAGUCAAAACUGAACGAAACAACAAUGAUAUACAGAACAUGAUCACGGAUGGUUUUGCUGACGUUGAUGUCUCUCAGGUUGUUUUGAAGAAAGACAAGAUUCAAGAAUUUGAUAAGGAACUGCAAAAGAAGAAAAAACUUGCAGGUGAAGAAAAUACCGUAAAAACAAUAAAGUUCUCAACGGAAAGUUACUCAGACAUUAAAACAAAUAAGGUUAGUAAGUUGGCAGCUUUGUAUGAGGAAAGAUUGAUGGGUUUACAAGUGAUGAAUGAGAUACGGCAUCAGAAUUCAGUCUAG